GGAAAUUUGGAUGAACUGCAGAGACUAGGGAAGAGAACCGACCUUCUGCCCCUGCUUCUCAAGAGCCCUAAUCAACCGUCUCCGACGGCCGGCCCUUCCGUCCGCCGGCCGCCGGCCGCCGACCGCAUCUCCGUCGCCGAUUCCCCGAGUGAGAAGCAGGCGGCCGGGCAGAAAACCCUCUAGCCCCCCCGAAGAAGCAGACGAAGAACCGAGCCGAGCAGCCAUGUCGUACGACGACGUGGAGAUCGAGGACAUGGAGUGGAGCGAGGAGCUCCAGGCGUACACCUUCCCUUGCCCCUGCGGCGACCUCUUCCAGAUCACCAGGGACGACCUCCGCCUCGGCGAGGACGUCGCCCGCUGCCCCAGCUGCUCCCUCUACAUCACCGUCAUCUACAGCGCCGAGGACUUCGCCGGCGGCACGGGCAAGCAGAGCCUGGAGCCCUCGAAGCAGCAGCCCGUCGCCGUCGCUUGAGUUUCACAUCGAUUUUCGGGAGCUGCUGCGAUUGUAACGUCGGUUGGGUUUUGGGUCGGGGUGGUUUUAUUGGGUGUUGAUGAUGGGUUCGCGUUAGUUGAGGUUGUAGUGUAUUGUUUAAGGCCUCCUUGAUUUUUGCCGAAUGAUGGAGGCUAGAGCUCACCGAUUGAUUGAAAGAUAUACAAAAGGUUUGCGGAAUGAAUCCUUUUCGAUGGUUUUGGAUGCUUUCGUGAUCGAUUCAUAUGUCCUGCUCUCGGUUUGCUCGGUGUUUACGUGCGAUGGAAACUGAACGAGUUUGAGGUUGCUUCCUCCUUGAUCCUUGCGGCGAAGUGGGAAUAUCAGUUAUGUGGUUUUGCGCCCAUGUUGUUAUCUGCUUCUCUUGUCGAGAAAUUUCUUAUCGGCGGGUUCGGGAUGUGAUUACGUGGAAAGGGUGAUCUUUAGAUCGAGUUGGGGUCAGUGCCAGCAAACUUGGAACGAUGGGGAUAGCUUCUGUUGCUGUGGAACCUGCUGCCAUUGAGAAUUUAUCUUGUUUGGUCUUUCUCCUAUGGCUAUAAUGUAGAAUAUUGAAUAACUGUUCUGAUUAUGGAUGUGACUGUGGUAAUUGAUCCUGCCUUGUAUCUGCUUCAUUGAUCUUGCUCAAGAAGAUAGUUUGUGAGAUCCAUCUUGAUUUUGAUGAGAGUUUUCAUCUUUAGUUGCAGAUUAUAAGCAAGUCCAUUGUGUAACAGGCCACCUUUUAUUCAUUACACCUUCACAA